AUGGAAGCAGAAAAUCUCACUGAAGUAACAGAAUUUCUCCUCUUGGGCCUCUCAGAGGAUCCAGAACUGCAACCCCUUCUCUUCGGGCUGUUCCUGUCCAUGUACCUGGUCACCAUUCUUGGGAACCUGCUCAUCAUCUUAGCCAUCAGCUCUGACUCCCACCUCCACACCCCCAUGUACUUCUUCCUCUCCAACCUGUCCUUUGUAGACAUCUGUAUCACCUCCACCACGGUCCCCAUGAUGCUGGCAAACAUCCAUGCACACAGCAAAGACAUCUCCUAUAGAGGGUGCCUCACUCAGUUAUAUUUUUUUAUGAUUUUUGCUGGAAUGGAUAAUUUUUUGCUGACCAUAAUGGCCUAUGACCGGUUUGUGGCCAUCUGUCACCCCUUACACUACACGGUCAUCAUGAACCCUCGUGUCUGUGUCCUUCUGGUUCUAAUGUCUUGGUGUAUUAUUUUUUUUGUGGCCCUGCUUCACAUCGUACUAAUGACAAGGCUGACUUUCUCUGUAGGCACUGAGAUUCCACAUUUCUUCUGUGAAGUGGCUCCAGUUCUCAAGGUGUCCCGUUCGGAUCCCAUCAUCAAUAACAUUGCUUUGUAUGUAGCAACCGCCCUACUGGGUGUGAUUCCCAUAACCGGGAUCCUCUACUCUUACUCUCAGAUUGUCUCCUCCUUAAUGAAGAUGUCCUCCACUGCCAGCAAGUAUAAAGCUUUCUCCACCUGUGGGUCUCACCUCUGCGUGGUCUCCUUGUUCUAUGGGACAGGGCUUGGGGUCCACCUCAGUUCUGCUGUGACCCAUUCUUCCCAAAGAAGUUCGAUCGCCUCAGUGAUGUACACUGUGGUCACCCCCAUGCUGAACCCCUUCAUCUACACCCUGAGGAACAAGGACGUGAAGGGGGCCCUGGAGAGACUCCUCAGCAGGGCAGCCUCUUGUCCAUGA